AUGUUUUCCUCCCUCGACCAUCGCAAGUUGCGAAUGAAACUCCAAUCUGACCUUAUCGACCAUGGCAUCGGAACAACACGACAAGAAAAUGGUACGCCACCGGAACCGAGACAUCUUCGCCAGCGGAGCGCCGGUCUUCUGCGGACCACGAACGAGCCACUCGAAGUCAUCACAGUCGGCGUGCCUAGGACUGGGACGGCCUCCAUACUCGAAGCCAUGAAAAUCUUAGGCUAUGGUGAUAUCUGGAAUGCCCGGGAAAUGCUCAGAAAUCAUCAGACUGGGUUCUGCGGCAACAUGCUUCACAACAAGCUCACCGCAUCUGGAAAACAGCCUGAAGUCGAGCAAUUUGAGUCACUCUUCCGAGGCUUUCGACAUAUCUCUGGCGAGUUCGUGAGCUGCAUGGCCGCAGACCUGAUCCGGGCAUAUCCGGAGGCCAAGGUUAUCCUCACCGUUCGCGAAGAUGAGGAGCGCUGGCUACGGAGUGUUCUGGAGACCCUCUGGUAUAACUACUCAACAUGGUCGCAUUGGCUCCUGCGUAAGAUCGACCGGCAAUGGCGCGAAAUGGCCACUUUCCUGAGCCCGUUCUACGAGCGCUUUUGGGGUGGUGAUUCUGCUGUGCAUGGUUUGAGAGUCUACAGGGAGCAUAAGGCGAUGGUGCAGAGAGUGACUGAGCCGAAGGAUAGACUGCUGGUGUGUGAUGUUAAGCAGGGAUGGGGACCGCUCUGUGGGGUUUUGGAGAAGGAUGUGCCGGCUGAGGUCUUCCCGAAGACAAACAGUGUGGACGAAUACAGUGUUUUGUUCAGCACUGCACGCCGUAAUGCUUUACAGUCAUGGGUCGGUUGUACGAUACGGAAGGGUGGUCUGCCGGUAAUGCUGGUGGCGGUCCUGGUGAUGUACAGAUCUAAGGUGAUUUCGUCACUACACGCAGCCUUGACGAAGGUCGGACUGGUCUGA